UGUCUUUCAGCAGAACCGAGAAGGGAAACAAGGCCAAGGGUUUUUAUGCUUGUGCCCAGACCAAAUCUGUUUGGUUAAUGCUCCAUUUCCUGUUAGACGUACUGGAAAUACUGUCUGGCAUAAGCAGGAAGUUCCAGUCACAAACAGCAUGUGUGUCGGAGGUGUUGAGCGAAAUCGACAUGGCUGUCGUUGGUCUUGAGAAAAUGAAAAACAGAAAUGGAAUGAAACUUCGACAGGCUAUGGAAACAGCACCAGCCCAGCUGACAGGAGAUGAUCGGUCAUUUAUCUCUGCUAGACAGAAAUUUCUGACAGCCAUAGUAGAGUCCCUCCAUCAGCGAUUCACUGACAAACCGGGAAUCCUAGCUGCAGUUUCUGCAUUCAACUUGUCGCUGUUCCCUAGUGAGGCCAAGGAUCUCCAAGACUAUGGGGAUGACGAGGUUGAUCAGCUAGUGGACCAUUUUGGUACAGCUUUGGAAGAUGCUGGUGUAGAAAUAAACCAGGUUGCUCAUGAACGGACCAAAUUAAAACAGCUAAUGCCAACAAGGUUUUCCGGUCCUGUCAGCAGCUUCACAUGGGCAGAUGUUAACUCCAAGCUUGGAAAAGUAUGUCCGAAUAUACUGGCACUAGUUGAUUUGGUCUAUACCAUACCAGCAUCAUCAGCAGAUGCUGAAAGGGGUUUCUGUUACCUAAAGAACACAAAAUCAGCUUCCAGAAACACACUGCUGGACACUAACCUGAGUAAUCAGAUGAUGGUUGUUCUGGAAACUGAGGCUGUACAGGACUAUGAUCCUACAGAAGCUGUUCAUCUUUGGAACGCAGCAGCGAUGCGUAGGCUUCGUCAGGAGCCAAGUUGUAAUAGAGGAUCAACUACUAGACAAUUAGGGGAGAAUACUGAACAGAAAGCCAGAACAGUUCCCAGCACAGCUCCCAAGGAAUCAGAGUUACAGAUGAUCGAGUCUUCAGAUAGCCAUACUGAAGAGGAGACUAGCCUUGUCAGAAGGGAUGAAGAGCAUGUAACACAAUCACAGGUCUCUACCAAGUAUGAACUUACUAUAGGUGAACAAGAACUGUCAAAAUCAGAGGAAAUUGUGUCGCAUGAAAAAAACUGUGUCUCCUUACAAACCACUGAGCAAGUGGAUCAGGACCAAGUGUUGAAAAAAAUAAGUGGACAUGAGGGUUCUAAAUCAAGUGACAGUGAUGCUCAAAACAGUCAAGUUAAAUGUUCUGAAUCAGACCAAAACAACAAUGUCCCUGAUUUUAAUAACAAGCAAGAUAAAAUUGUUGGUAGUAACUGUGCUAUUCCAAUUUUCUUGUGUAAAACCACUCAAACUGAAACAAUUUCAGAACAGUUACUAGAACUGGAUGAAGAAGCGUAUACUAGUGAUAGUGAUGUCUAUGAACAUGAAUAUUAUAACUGUGAAAAGGAUUGUUCAGAGUUUGAAAAUCAUGUUGAAUAUGCAGACCGUUUAAAACUUGCUAAGAAUGCAUAUGAAGAGUUUCUCACUAUUUUAAACUGUGAAUAACUUUUAUGUUUUAAAAUAGUGAGAAAGUCUUUAUCAAAGACAUCAACAUGAUUUUCAAACUCUGAACAAUCAUUUUCACAGUACUAUUUCAAGCCCUCCCCUUAAUCUAAGCCAUAACUUGUAUAGAUACAUGGUUCAAACAAAAAUCUCAAACCUAAAUUCAAGCACUUUUCAAGGACUUUUUAAGGCCAAAUUUUCAUUUUCAAGGCCGAGAACCGUAUGUGAGUUUCCUUAAAAAAAAAUGCAUUUUCAAGCCAGAUUAACACAGUAUAUAUCAUUUAUUUGCUCUAACACAUUAAACUAAUUUCACAAUAAAUCAUUUGUGUUAUUUCUAAUUAUUACAUACACAUAAAUGUUAUCCAUCCUUAACUCAAUGAGUCUCACAUAUGUAUUUACUUUUUAAAGUUAUUACAAACAAACACACUGUCUCUUUAUAUGCUCACAUCAAACAGACUAGUUCAUUUCAUUUAAACAGAAGUCAGUUACUAUAACAUUUUGUAUUUCACAGGGCUGUUGUUGUUAAUGUCUGUUUUAGAUUGCACAGUUUUAACAAUAGCACCUUCCUGUUUCACCAAAAAGCACAAUGCAGGACCCCUGUUUGCUUCUCAAUUUCAUGUUUUCUUUGUGGGUUUCCCCUUUAUCGUGGCUUUUCAAAGCGCUUUAACCCAUUCCCCCCGACACCAAUGGUCUUUAUAUAGACCCAACAAUGUGCUUUUCAAAUGUCAUUUGUUUUCUGUUCCGAGGAACAUUCAUAAGUUUCGCGCAAAACAUAACGAUAAACGUCAUUUUGACAACUUCUUUAUGACCAGAAAAUAGCGCCAUGAAUAUUCAUGUUUAAAGAAUGUUGACGGAUCGUAUAAGUUGUAAUUAUUUAAGCAUUUUUCUGCAUAUCAUCGGUGUUUAUGACCAGAAAGUAGCGCCAGGAAUAUUCAGUUAACCACUCUGGUUUGAAACGACACUUCCCCAUCGCUGAAUUUUUACUCGCGAAAAUUGAUCACAAUGGCGAACCUCUGACGUAGUACACAUAAUCUGUGACGUUUACACUUAAUGUUUCGUACCCAAUAGUGUACGAAACUUAUAUUUUGGUACACAUUUUUUGCGCGAAGGAAUUUAUGAUAAAUUUUUGUAAUAUUUUCCUUAAGAACGAUUUAAGUUUAUGUCGAUGAUAAAAGUAAUUUUGAAUAAAAUAAAAAUUUUCAAGGCUUUUUUACAUGAAAUAAGUAUUUUUCUAGCACUUUUUCAAGGCCAACCUUUGUUCAAGGGCUUUUCAAGCCUAGGACUCGUUUUCAAGCACUUUUCAAGCCCUGUGCGAACCCUGAGAUAGUGACAAGUAUACUGUUUUAAAAUGUUAACCCUUUACCACUUAGAUACAUGUUUUGACGUGUUUUUACUUUUUUAGUUCCUUUGAGAGUUAAAUGUUAUUAAAGGACUUUCUUACUAGGUUCAAGUUUAAAGGUUUCAUUUCCAACCCUUAGAUAAUAAUGAGCAGCUAACAACAUAAAACCUGAACAGACUGCGAGUUUCUCGCAUGCUGUUCUGGUUUUAUGCUGUUUGCACAUAGCCAUUUUCACUUUGCUUUUGAGUCGGAAUCGGUUAAUAGUAAUAAACUCUUCAGAUGUAUUGUACAUGUAUUCAGUUAUGACUAUUCAAUGAAAUAAAACUGUCCAGAUUU